UAUGGAUAAGUUCUAAAAAUCCGGUUCUCCUUAUCCGGGUCAUUAACUCCAUAUGGUCCAAGAAAGCUGGCACACUACCUUUAAGCUGUUGAAUCUUUUGAAUGCGAUGUGUUAAGUAUUGCUGUAAGCUGUUUCUUGUGCAUCGUUCAGCCAUAGACCUCUGUACACCGGUCGGCGGUCAGAGGUCUAUGGUUCAGCGUAUAUGCUUGUCAACUUUGGGUCACACAUAUAAGUAUUAACUUAUUCGCCGACGACAACGAAAGAAACCGUAAGCGUAUGUAGAUAGCCGAUGAGGAUGUUAAUUGUGGUUGAUGCCAAUCUCCUUUCUUAAACUUAGUUGCGAUUAGGCUUCCUCUUAUCGUCUUAUGUUCUGGUCUGUGGAGCGGCGGAACAUUGCUGUGAAAGUAUCGCUUGGCGGUCGAGUGUAGACACAGAUUUGUCUAUUUUUCUGAUGGGUGGUGUGCUGUUAGAGAUCGCACUGCGCGCAGAUCUUGCUUGAGGGUAAAAUAAAUAUGAACUGUCAGUAGGUAUUUGUCUGGAGUGUGUCUCAGCUGAUGUAAUCCAAGAAAGAAUGCACUUUACAAUUUUGGCACUGAAACCAUUUAUCAUGAUAUUUGACGCCACUACGGCUUCAUGAAGAACGUAGGACAACUGUCGUUACAUUUUCUGCGAGGCGAUCUUUUUUCAAAUUCGUCCGUACCUCCUCGUCAUGGAUGGCAAAAUGUCAGUCACCACAUCUCUGCACGUGCACAGCUCUCUGACGUUUCGGCGCAUCUAAUUUCCAACGCGCACCGGCCGCAUCAUGCAGACCGUGCGGACUCCGGAGACCGCCCCUGAGGGGCCGGUCAGGUCGCUGAUCGGAUCGAUCCAGAGCUCUGUGGUUGUGGUCGGCUCGGCGCUGGUCGUGCUCGCCGCCUGCGGCAACUCCAUCACAUGGCACCUGCAGCAGUUCUGGGGCACGUCCGGUAACCUGUGGCAGUCCAUCUGGGACCGGGUGUACGACUACUUCGAGGGCGACCAGUUCAACAUCAUACUCUAUGGAACGCCGGCGCUGGGUUUGGCCGUGUUCUGGUCGGCCGGCAUCGUCUACAUCCUGAUGGACGUGACGCUGCGUCCGGAGACGCUGCGGCGCUACAAGAUUCAGCCGGGCACCAACGAGCCAGUCGACACCUACCGCCUCCUGCAGGCGAUCUUUUGGGUGCUGUUUAAUCAGACCGUGGUGGGACUGCCCUGUAUGCUGGUGUUCUACAAGCUGCUGGAGCUACGCGGGUUCGACACGGGCCGCGAGCUGCCCACCUUCCACUGGGUGCUGCUCGAGAUCGCCGUCUGCCUGCUGGUCGAGGAGGUGGCCUUCUACUACAGCCACAGACUUCUCCACUCGCCGCGGCUGUACAAGAAGAUCCACAAGUGGCACCACGAGUGGACGUCGCCCAUCUCGAUCACGGCGCUGUACGCGCACCCGCUGGAGCACGUGCUGUCCAACUACCUGCCGCCGUUCCUGGGCGUGCUGCUGCUGGGCAGCCACGUGGCCACUGCCUGGCUGUGGUUCAGCAUGGCGCUGCUCUCGACCAUCAACGCCCACUCGGGCUACCACCUGCCCUUCUUCCCCAGCCCGGAGGCGCACGACUUCCACCACCUCAAGUUUAACCAGUGUUACGGCGUGCUGGGGGUGCUGGACCGACUGCACGGCACGGACGACAAGUUCCGACGGCGGCCCGAGUACCAGCGCCACGUGAUGCAGCUCAGCCUGGUGCCGCUGCGUCAGAUGUACCCCGACCAGCAGAAGGGCGCCAAGGCGGAGUGACCGGCUGGGGCGCCCCCACCUCACUGACCCUCCCCCUCCCCUCCCGUCUCCCUCCGCUGGGUCAGUGCUCUCCGCUUUACGUAGGCUGCAGAGUCCCCGACCCGAGUCUCUGGUUACCAAUGAACUAAGCGGGAUGCAGGUUACUUUGUUCAAGUUGCAUGUUGUUAUAUUUAGAGUAUUUGUUUAACACAGAUCCAGGAUUUGAUCUGCCUCCCAAAGUUAUCCGCUAAGCCCAGGUCACAAGCUUUUCAUUUCGUAAUGCCUCUUCAUAUCACAAUCAUUACAUAAGGCUGUGCUCAGCCCAGCCUUGGCCCAGUGAUUCGCACUUCGCUGAACACGAUUCAUAAAUGGUUACAAAAUUUGUGUAUUGGAUUUCUCAACUCCGUGGCCAAAGGUUAAGCAGAUGUUAGCCUUUUCAGCGUUGGCCUUCUACAUCUUCAGUCCCUGCAAAUUGUUGGGCUAGACUUAUGGCGUCAUUUGUCAAAAGAAUUGGCACUUGCUCAUCAGAACCAGCCCGGUCCUGCGAACCAGAUUCAGUUCAGGUAAAUCCCUCUCGCAGUAACUGCGUAAGCAAGACAUAGUAUCAACUCUAUCCCCUCCCCAAGGCUUAGUGAAUUCCCAGCAAAUUUGCUGCUUCGUAUUUCAUGUCUAAUAUGUUUAAACGAAAUGUGAUGAGAUUAUUGUGUGACGUGUACGACAAUCUGUACCGAUUAAAUUGCACUGCAUACAUGUUGCAUGACGGCAUCCAGUAGUGCACGUUGGUUUUGCGUUUCUCGGAUCGUGUAUAACAGUAACUCGUGAAGAUAAUGAUAACAAUAAACGCACCCAACGAAUA